CCUCCGCCUUUACUCACAUACAUGCUUUUCUCUUUCUUUCUUUUUUUGAUUUGAUAAACAAACAUUACAGUAAAAGAAGAUUCUGGAAAAUAUGGAUUCGCCGACGUCGGCAGGGAAUUCAUCGACGACGCGGAUCGUGGCUCUUUCCUCGAUGAUGGACUGGAUAAGAGCUUGCGGUUUGGCCGGUGUUAGAAUCGAUAAAGAAGAGCUCAGACGGAGGCUCUUGAUGCCUCAGUAUCUACGCCUCGCGAUGCUAGAUUCCAUUAGGAAAAAAGACGCCGACGGCGGUGAUCACCAUUUCCGUUCGCGUUCCUCUGACGGUGCUCCUAUUCCUGAAUCCCCUAUGGUCGUUUUUAUUAACUCCCAUAGCGGUGGCCGUCACGGACCGGUCCUUAUAGAGCGUCUCCAGGAAUUAAUCAGCGAAGAGCAGGUGUUUGACCUCCUCGAUGUGAAACCGCAUGAAUUUGUGAGGUAUGGACUAGCUUGCCUUGAGAAGUGGGCCAACAACGGAGAUAUCUGUGCAAAGGAGACACGACGGAACAUUAGAGCUAUAGUUGCAGGAGGUGAUGGUACAGUUGGUUGGGUACUUGGAUGUCUUGGAGAACUUCACCAAAAGGGCCGGGAUCCGGUUCCUCCUGUAGCCAUCAUUCCACUAGGUACCGGCAAUGACUUGUCUAGAAGCUAUGGUUGGGGCGGUUCAUUUCCUUUUGCUUGGAGAUCGGCAAUGAAAAAAACCCUGCACAAAGCUACUACCGGUCCAAUUUGCCGCUUAGAUAGUUGGCAUCUUGUGGUGCAAAUGCCUGGCGGAGAAGUUAUUGAUCCUCCCCAUUCUUUGAAGGCUACUGAAGAGUGUCAUCUUGAUCAGACUUUGGAGAUUGAGGGUAACGUUCCUGACAAAAUGAACUGCUAUGAAGGAGUAUUCUAUAAUUACUUUAGCAUAGGAAUGGAUGCACAAGUUGCUUACGGGUUCCAUCAUUUACGUAAUGAGAAACCUUUCCUUGCGCAAGGUCCUAUUUCAAAUAAGAUUAUCUACUCCAGUUACAGUUGCACUCAGGGUUGGUUUCUCACACCUUGCAUGAGUGAUCCAAGUUUAAGGGGACUCAAGAAUAUUUUAAGGAUAUAUAUAAAAAAGGUCAGGUGCUCAGAGUGGGAGCAGAUACCUGUCCCUAAAAGUGUGAGGGCAAUUGUUGCUUUAAAUCUUCAUAAUUAUGGAAGUGGGCGAAAUCCAUGGGGUAACCUAAAACCAGAUUAUUUGGAGAAGAGAGGCUUUGUUGAGGCCCAUGCCGAUGAUGGUCUCCUAGAAAUUUUCGGCUUAAAGCAAGGAUGGCAUGCAUCGUUUGUAAUGGUUGAACUCAUAACUGCUAAACAUAUUGCUCAGCGGUAUGUUCUGCAGGCUUCAUCAAUUAGACUGGAGAUUAGGGGUGGAGAGUGGAAAGAUGUAUUUAUGCAGAUGGAUGGGGAACCGUGGAAACAGCCGAUGAGUCGGGAGCAUUCGACAUUUGUAGAAAUUAAGAGGGUGCCUUACCAGUCAUUAAUGAUCAGCAAAGAGAGAUUGGCGAAUCCGUAAGCCGGCAUCAAUGUAGAGCGUGUACAUUAUAUUUGUUUUCCCCCGGUGCCAAGGGAACAUUGGCACUGAGAAAGAGACAAAUACCGAAUCUGUUGUAUCAAAUUCAUUUGCAGAGUCGAUGACUUAUUUAUUGCAUAAAUAUA